AUGCUGAAAGUGCGCAAAAAUUAUAGAGGGAAGCCUUACAACCCGGUUGACUUGGCCACUAGCAUGGAGUACUUGAAAUCCGAUGUGUAUCGUGAUACCUACUUAGGCAAACCGGUCUGGUUCUAUUACCGUCGAAAUUUCAGAGGACACUUUGCUCCACCGACAACGCGUCGAAAUUGUGUCGUAAGUGUUCCGCCUUGUGAAAAUUAG